AUGAUAGAAAUGGGCAGACAAAGGUGGUGGUUCACAGUGGUUGUGGUGGUGGCGUGGUGGUGGGAAGGUGUGAUCGGAGCAGGUCAAGCUCCGGCGAUAUGGGUGAUGGGAGAUUCAUUGGUGGAUAGUGGGAAUAACAACUUCAUGAGGUCCAUUGCAAGAGCUGAUUAUUUUCCUUAUGGAUGUGAUUAUUAUCGUGGUGCUUCUGGUAGAUUUUGUAAUGCAAGAACUUUCUCCGACAUUCUUGGAGAUUGGCUGGGAAUACCCGCUCCGCCACCGUUUUCAGAUCCUGGAACCGCCGGAAACAGGCUCCUGGGGGGUGUUAAUUAUGCUUCGGCUUCCGGAGGUAUCCUUGAUGAAAGUGGCCAACAUUAUGGAGAUCGAUACACCCUAAACCAGCAAGUUGUGAACUUUGAGACGACGUUAGGCCAGUUACGGACCAUGCUGAGCCCGGAGGACCUCACUCAGCUCCUCUCGAAUUCGAUAGUAGUCAUGGUUUUUGGCAGCAAUGACUACCUCAAUAACUACCUUAUGCCAACAGUAUACACCUCAAGCCGCACGUACACCCCGGAAGCAUUUGCUACCCUCCUUCUUAACCAUUAUGCACGCCAAAUUCACGCGUUAUACAGCUUAGGACUCCGAAAAUUCUUUCUACCAGGACUCGGACCACUUGGGUGUAUUCCUAACCAGUUAGCCACUGGCCAAGCCGCUCCUGGGAGAUGUGUGGAUUCGGUGAACCAGUUGAUAGGACCCUUCAAUGAGGGCCUCAAAAACCUUGUUGAUCAGUUCAAUGGUGGCUCGCACCCUGGAGCCAUGUUUGUCUAUGGAAACACAUAUGGUGUUUUUGGUGACAUCUUGAACAAUCCUGCAAGAUAUGGAUUUACGGUGAGAGAUAGAGCUUGUUGUGGAAUAGGGAGGAACCAGGGCCAAAUAACAUGCCUCCCAAUGACAACACCAUGUUUCAACCGCGACCAAUACGUGUUUUGGGAUGCUUUUCAUCCGACUCAAGCUGCAAAUGCCGUUCUAGCUCAGAGGGCGUACUCGGGAUCCACCAAUGACUGCUCUCCAAUCAACGUUCAACAAUUGGCGCAAAUUAAAUUCUAAUCAUGGUUUUGGGAUGCUUUUCAAUAAAGAUGUUUUCUUGGCCUAUUUUAGUUAUUGAAACAUGAAGACAAAUAGCUUUGAAGUACACACAACUAUGUGGUAUCUAUCUCAUUGGCACUUUAAUUAGCCCA